UCCCACAUACCCGCUCCCGGAGCCACGACCACGUUUGUCCGUAAGCAGUGGCGGUAGCGCCGGGACACCGCACGGUGCGGCAGGCGGCCAUGGCGCGGUACAACUGCUCAGAAGGUUCAUAUGUGACCUUGGUGUGCUCGACGGAUUCGUGUGAUGAGCUGUGCCACGUUGUCCAGGUGAACGAUCUGAAUGCAACCCUGGCUCUGCAGCCCUCGUGGAGAUCUGCGGACUUUUACAUUGGCCUCGCCUUGGCCACCUUCUCCAGCUUCCUCAUCGGGAUCAGUGUCAUCCUGAAGAAGAAGGGGCUGCUGCGGUUAGCUCAAGUAGGCAAUGUCAGAGCAGGGGAAGGUGGCCAUGGCUACCUGAAGGAUUGGAUGUGGUGGGCUGGCCUGUUGACCAUGGGCGCUGGAGAAGCGAUGAACUUUGCUGCGUACGCCUUCGCUCCUGCAACAGUCGUCACUCCUCUCGGAGCACUUAGUGUCCUCAUCAGUGCCAUCCUGUCUUCCUACCUCCUACAGGAGUGUCUCAACCUGCUGGGGAAGCUGGGAUGUGUGCUCUGCAUCCUGGGCUCGACGGUGAUGGUAAUUCACGCUCCCCAGGAGGAGAAAGUGAAGACCUUGGAAGAAAUGGCGCAGAAACUCAAAGAUCCAGGGUUCCUGGUGUUUGCGUGCCUCUUACUGAUGGCCGUGCUGAUCCUCAUCUUCUACGCUGCUCCCAGGCAUGGACACGACAACGUCCUGGUCUAUAUCGCUAUCUGCUCCCUCAUCGGUGCCUUCUCCGUCUCCUCUGUGAAAGGGAUUGACAUUGCCAUCAGAGGGUGUUUCAAUGACCUGCCAGUGUACAGACACCCACUAACGUGGAUUCUCAUCCUCUCCCUGCUGGCCUCCAUCAUCACCCAGGUCAACUACUUGAACAAGUCCCUGGACACUUUCAACACAUCCGUCGUCUACCCCAUUUAUUAUGUGUUCUUCACCACAGUGGUUAUCACCACCUCUGUCAUCCUGUUCAAAGAGUGGUACAGCAUGUCUGCAGUGGACAUUGUGGGCACCAUUGCUGGCUUUGGAACCAUUGUUCUAGGUGUCUUCAUGCUUCAUGUCUUCAAAGAUCUAAACUUCAGUCUCAAGAACCUGCCGCAAGCCCUUAAGGCAAAGGAAAUGGUGUGUGUGGCUCCCAUGCUAAAACUAGAUGACAAACACAUCCUAAUAGAAAGCACAGACAAUGCCGUGUUCACAGAAGAUAGGUCUCGGGUCUUUGUAAUUUAUGGGUGAAAGAGGUUUAAGUGCAACUAUGAAAGCCAGACUGGAGUGGACUGGGCCACACCUAAUGAUUUGAUGCUGCAGCUCUGUGUAAACAAGCAGGAAUAUUUCCUGCGAUUAAUAGCCCGGGGUUUCACGGAUGAAACAUCGGACCAGCCCACAGGAUCGCAUUCAGUGUCCAACCAAAGCCUAUGUUGCAUUUGGAAGCCGCUGAUCCAACCCAGACCAGGUCUGACCCAAUACAUCCUCUACAGACAACCACAAUCUGCACAAUCCAUGUUGAGUGGGGUUUCAAUUAGUUUAUUGCUGGAGCUUUACGCCAGAUCAGCCCUUCUCUGGUCAGAAUUGCCAACAUAUCCGGUUAUACAGUCAGGCCUGUGGCCAACUGGCAGUAACCAGGGCACUCUAAAUGUUAUAACUUUACAGCUCUCUGUCCUGGGUGAAAAUCUCUCUGUUGCAAACAUGCAAUUUAUCAAAUUUACCAGUCUCUUCCCAUUUACACAAAGCUGACAUGACCAGACCCUCUGACUGCUUGCAGGUUUAGAGUUGUUUGCCUGUUUGUUCAUCUGUUUUGAGGACUGUGGUUUGCUUCAUUGUGUGGGGUGGGGGGGAGAAUAGGCUAAAGGGAGAAUGGGAUUGUUGCGAGGACAUAUGGAAAAUAUGAACAGGGAGAAUUGGCACACAUUUUGCUCCUGAACUUAUGUAAAUGUGUGAGGGUGUGCCAUGUGACUGAGUUGUGCAGUGUGUCUCGGCCCAGAGAGUGGUGCUGCCUGUGAUUGGCAAGUUCACGUGCUCAAUCUUCACUAAUCUGUGUUACUUCCUGGCUUGUGACACUCUGACACCCGGGUACAAGGGGCUCCAGAUGCUACUUCCAAGCCCAGAGACUGACGGCCACAAGGUGCUGGAUGUUACUCGUGUUUGUGGGCCUCCAGUUGUUAUCUCUAGUUCUGUAGGGCUCCAGAUGUAAUUCUUGAUUCUGUGGGUCUGCAGUUGUCACCCCUACUUCUGUGGGGCUCCAGGUGUUAUCCUUGGUUUUGUGGGGCUCCGCACCCUGAGUGCUGCCCACAAGGUGCUGGAUGUUACCCCUGGUUUUGUGGGUGUCCAGUUAUUAUCAUAAGUUCUGUGGCGUGCCGGUUGUCACCCUUGUUGGCUUUCUGAUUGUUUCUCCCAAGCCCUGAGGCUCUGGGUAUAACCUGCUUCUGUGGGCUCUGGAUGUGAUCCUGCUGCUUAAGGGUUCUACCAGUUCCAGCAAGCCGGAUCUGUGUUUGUAACCCGAGGCAGAGAAAGAUGUUUAAUCACUAGUACUGGGAGGAGCCACCACAUUGGGACAGUCACCCGGUUUGUAUUUUUCUAUUUCAAAUGUAUUUUUAUAAUAUCUUUUUACUAAUUUUAUUUUGUGAAGGUGAAUUCCAUGUCUCUGUUAACACACAAUGAUCACUUCAGUGCUGAGUGCAUUUAACAUUUGACUCUAUUGAAAAGAAGCAUGCUCCAGAUGGAGCAGCAGCAAUGAAUGUCUCUGACAGGAUAUAAUUACAUUUUUUGACGAGCGUAAAAA